AUGCCCAUCAAUCUUGACAACAUUUCAUUCUACUCGGCUCCAGCGCAAGUUGUGCGUCCAUCGGCAGCCAAUGGAACUAUAAGACAAACUCUCGGUCUUUCCUGUUCAAAGACGGGAAGAGCCGCGAUAUCUUCUCUAGACGACACGACAACCGCACGCGAUGAGAUCACGAGCCAAAGUGACAAAAAGCCAAUCGUGUCAUCCCGAUCCCUUUCAGAGGCAACGAUUCACGACACAGUCACUCCAAAAGACACGAGCUACCUGCAGAUGGAACGCUGCCCAGCGUCAGGCAAUAUGGGCCACGGCCCAGCCGAGGAGCUUGUGGCAGUGAACUUAACCACGCACGACAAUUCGCCUGGGCUGGUGGCUUGGUCUGCCAACGAUCUGCCAGCCUCGUUGCCCUCGUUGCCGUCCGGGAAUUUCGCUGUCACAAUGUUUCCCUCGCAUCCAGGUCCCCAAGUUGCCGAGAACUCGACCGACCCGGGUCUACCUCAACACUCGACCGAGAUUGCAUCAGUGGUCACUUUUGAGACCCCUCCUGAAGAAACCGCUCCGUCCUACACUGAGAAGCUGCCCCAAAGGAGUCAAGCGGCCAAUAAUGACUUUAUUACCUGGCUGCAACGUCAACAAGUCGUGCCAUCCAGCAGCGGGGAAGCUGGAGAGACCUCAGGAUCUCCGAGACGGACUGCCGAAAAGUUCGAUACAAUGCAACGCCCAUCUUUGACCGAACUUGGACUGCCGUACUCAAGUUUGGCACCCCCGGGUCAAGAUACUCCCUAUCGCACCGAAAAUUACAUACGCCAACUCAUCUCAGGACAAGAGACUCUCAAUCCGAUGCCAAACGUUGAUGGUAGUGAAAGUAGCCCAGGCUCAACCAACCAAAGCGAGCCGCUUCUCACAGAAGCGGCGUUUCAUUCCAGCAAUUGGUUACCUUCAGCGGACGAAAUGCAUAUAGAUGCUGAGACGAUAGCACCAGAUACUCCUCGUGCGGCCUUAUCUCCAGUCCGUCGCCGAGCUCGCAAAUCACGACUACCGGCUGGCGCUUAUGCCGAAGUCGAUUCGGAGCCGGACCCUAGCGAUAAGGAUGGCGCUGAUCGAACCAGCGAUGACUGCGUCGGAGAUCAAGCCAAUGCUGCCAAAACGCAAAUGUCGCAAAAGAAACUUCCAGGAGACUUUUGGAACCAGCAGAGCUCUGAAAGCACAAGGCACGUCAUCAAAAUCACCAUCAGAGCCAAGACGAAGGUCAGAGCGGGUCAUAAAGCGACCAAAAACAAGUGGAAUCAUGACUCCGCCGGUCUCUCAUGCUUCUACCGAUGA